AUGGAGAGGACCAACUCGCGCGUCCUCCUCAACGGCAUUCAUUUCGUCUUUCUCCUCUUCUUCUCCGGAAUGGAGUCCUCGCUCUCCUUCAUGACCUACGACCUCUUUGGCUUUGACUCUUCGAAGAACGGCCGGCUUCUAGGCUUCGUGGGCCUCAUUGCCUCCAUCCUACAGGGAGGUGUCACCCGCCGGUUGCCACCCCUCACCAGCGUCCGGACAGGGGUUAUUGCUUGUCUCGUGGCCUUUGGCCUUUUGGCCCGCCUUCAGACAGUCUCCAUGCUCUACCUGGCGGCCACAUGCUUGGCUAUGACGUCCGCGACGGUGGUGACGGGCCUGAACGCUUUGAGUAGCUUCGAGGCGAGCGAGAACGAGAGAGGAAGCAAGCUCGGCAUGAUGCACGCCCGCUGGCCUCGAGACAACGCGAAAGGCGGCGAAUGGAUCUGCCAAAAGGAGCUAUGA